AUGGACCUUCAAACACCCACCAAAAAUGCCCAAAACACAAACACAGAAGAACCCAACAAUGGCGAAACCCUCUUCGAAGACUUUGACAGCACUUGUUCCACCCCUUACGUCAGUGCUCCUUCAAGUCCUGGCCGUGGACUCAUCCCCGGUUUUUUCUACAGUGCUCCCGCUAGUCCAAUGCACUUUGCUAUAACCGCUCCUACCUCAUACCAAAACACCACCUCUUCUGUCCCCCUCGGUUCUGAGUUCGAAUUCUCGGCUCGGUUCGGUUCAUCCGGUUCGGCCGGUUCCGGUUCCAUGAUCUCGGCCGAUGAGUUGUUCUUGAACGGUCAGAUCCGGCCCAUGAAGCUCUCCACCCACCUGGAACGGCCGCAGGUUCUUGCUCCCUUGCUGGAUCUGGAAGGAGGAGAAGAAGAAGAAGAAGACGAAGAAACAGAAGCAGAGGUUGUUGUACGAGGUAGAGAUCUAAGGCUGAGGGACAAGUCUGUGAGGAGAAGAACCAGAUCUAUGUCUCCUCUCAGGAACAACACGCCUUUGGAGUGGGGAGAGAACGAGGAUCAUGAGGAUAACAAAAUCAACAACGAUAGUAAUGGUUGUUCCUCGGAAGUUGAGAACCAAAGGGACAAAGAUGAUGGGUUGGUUUUGGAGACAACUCCUUCUGUUUCAGCUUCUUCUUCUCGGUCUUCUUCAGCUGGAAGGAGCUCCAAGAGGUGGGUUUUCUUGAAGGAUUUUCUCAGAAGCAAAAGCGAAGGAAGGAGUAACAACAAGUUCUGGUCCACUAUUUCCUUCUCUCCCACUAAGGACAAGAAAGCUAAUGCUAACAAUCAAAAUCUCCAUGACCCUCUCUCAAAGGACAAGUCUUGUGAUAAUAACAAUAAUAAUAACAAUAAUAAGAGAAAUGGGUCUUCUUCUGGCAAAGGAAAUUCGAAGAAAAUGAGCGGCAAGCCUACCAAUGGUGUUGGGAAGAGGCGCGUGCCACCUUCGCCGCAUGAGUUGCACUACAAAGCGAACAGAGCUCAAACUGAGGAGUUGAGAAAAAAGACCUUCUUGCCUUACAGGCAGGGUCUCCUUGGUUGCUUGGGAUUUAGUUCAAAGGGUUAUGGGGCUAUGAAUGGCUUCGCUAGAGCCUUAAACCCUGUUUCCUCCAGGUAA